UCAGUCUCGCUGCUGCUGUUCAGACAGAAACAUCUCCGCCCGCCUCUCCGGUCUCUCACCGUGUCUCUCUCUCCCUGUGUCUACCUGUAUCUCUCUCUCUCUCUCUCUCUCACUCUCUCUCUCUCUCUCUACCUGCCUCCUCCCGCCCCCCCUCCCUCUGUCUCCAUCCCUCCCUCCGUCCGUCCCUCUCCUCCCCCCUCUCGGUGCGGACAUGCUCCCGGGGCUCCGGAGAUGAGGCUCCGAAAUGUCUCCUUCCUGACGGUCUUGUUGUUCGGGCUGUGCGGGCUGGUCUCCCUGUCCUGGUACACCGCCUUCAGCAGCUCCAGAGGAGAUGUGGUGGACAUCUACCAGAGGGAGUUCCUGGCGUUGAGGGAGCGCCUCCACUCGGCCGAGCAGGAGAACCUGCGGCGCUCCAAAGAGCUGAACCUGGUCCUGGAGGAGAUCAAGAGGGCCAUCGCUGAGAAACAGGCUCUGAGGGACAUCAACCGGACCUGGAGCAGCCUCUCCGAGGAGACGAGGCUGAAGUUGUGGAAUGUGAGCAGCAGUAAAAACGUCCUGCAGCUUCCCUCCAUCUUCCAUCAUCUUCCUCACCUGUUGAACAGAGAGGACAGCCUGCUGCCCGCCGUGCACCUGGGACAGGGACGCACCGGAGUCUCCAUAGUGAUGGGGGUUCCCAGUGUGAAGCGGGAGGUCCACUCCUACCUGACCGACACGCUCAGCUCUCUGAUGUCGGAGCUCAGUCCCGCCGAGAAGGAGGACUGUGUCAUCGUGGUUCUCAUCGCUGAGGCGGACCAGCAGUAUGCCAGCAGUGUAGCAGACAACCUGAAGCGCCUUUUUCCAGCAGAGAUCCAGUCGGGUCUGUUGGAGGUCGUCUCUCCGUCCGUCCACUUCUACCCUGACUUCUCUCGACUCCGAGAGUCUUUCGGAGACCCGAAGGAGAGAGUCAGGUGGAGGACGAAGCAGAACCUGGACUACUGUUUUCUGAUGAUGUACGCUCAGACUAAAGGAACAUACUACGUCCAGCUAGAGGAUGACAUUGUCGCUCGUCCGAACUACUUCACCACCAUGAAGAACUUUGCGCUGCAGCAGCCGCUGGAGGAGUGGAUGAUCCUCGAGUUUUCUCAGCUCGGAUUCAUCGGUAAGAUGUUCAAGUCUUUGGACCUGUCGCUUAUCGUAGAGUUCAUGCUGAUGUUCUACAAAGACAAACCCAUCGACUGGCUGCUGGACCACAUCAUGUGGGUCAAAGUGUGCAACCCGGAGAAGGAUGCAAAACACUGCGACAGGCAGAAAGCCAACCUGAGGAUUCGCUUCAAACCGUCUCUCUUCCAGCAUGUGGGCACCCACUCCUCUCUGGCUGGAAAAAUACAGAAACUCAAGGAUAAGGACUUUGGGAAACAGACCCUCCAUAAGGGUCACGCCAACCCGCUGGCGGAGGUGACGACCAGCCUGAAGACCUACCAGCACUUCACCCUGGAGAAAGCCUACCUGGGGGAGGACUUCUUCUGGGCCUUCACCCCAGUGGCCGGUGACUUCAUACGGAUACGAUUCUUCACACCCGUCCGCAUCGAGAGGUAUUUCUUUCGGAGCGGAAACAUUGAACAUCCAGGAGACAAACUUUUCAACACAUCAGUGGAGGUUCUGCCAUUUGAUAAUAUUCAGGCAGACAAAGAGGCCUUGACAGAAGGGAGGGAGAAAACGCCAAAGUACCAUCGGACAGAGGAUGGAUUCAUCAGAAUAGGAAACUUCCAGAACGGGAUCGCAGAGGGGGAGGUGGACCCCACAUUCGGGCCCCUGGAGGCCAUGCGUCUCUCAGUGAUGACGGACUCGCCAGUCUGGGUGAUCCUCAGCGAGAUCUUCAUAAAGAAAGCAGACUGAAGCUCCUCUCCCCCCUCAGCGAUACCUCAGCGCCUCCGAGCGUUCAGAUGAGCUGACCGGAGGCUCAUCAGCUGCCGUCCUGCUCACCAGAUCCCCACCGUGGUGCCACAGCGCCGCCAUCUGGCCGGACCUCGCCACUGCAGGACUGAUUGGAUCAGAGACUGAAAACACAGAUCAUACAGCUGAUGAUAAUAGCGUCUGCCACGACAUGCAAAAAGAGAAAUGAUGCUGUAAUUAACCUGAAGAGUCUGUAUUUAUGUGUAUAUACAGUUAGUAAAUGUUAAACACUGGUGAUUGUGGAGGCGGCAGCGAGAGCGCCGCUCCACUUCUGAUGCUGAAACUGCUGCUUCAAAAGACUCAAAGGCUUCUUUCUAUGAGCAGACGGUCGGUCCAGACCUUUCUACCAACCCUUUCCCACCAGUAUACCCCCUCAGUACUCCUGUAUGUGCGUAUAUGCAUAGAGAUGUACACACUAUCAUAUGAAUGCCCUCAGUGUGUCGAUACGUGUCUGUUGUUGCUGCUCGGGUUUUACACCUUCUCCCUCCGUCGGUGAGCGAUUUGCCUUAACAAAGAGCAGAACAGAAACGAGCCCCAGACUGAAACAUGUAGCCACAACAAAUACCCAGAAUCCUCUGCUGCGACCUUGGACCUUCUCACAUCUUUGUGGCUUGAAACUACUGACAAUGACAGCUGAUCCUUUUCUUUUUUAUGAAUCUUUAAAAGUUGUUUUAUUUUAAGUUUACUGAGGCCUUGUCACUGACUGCUCUGUUCUACUGCACAGAACUUCAUAGUGCUUUACAGUACUCUAAAGUACUCUAGAGUACUCAAAUCUACUGCACAGUACUCUAUAAAGUACUCUAAGGUACUUUCCAGUACUGUGAUGUACUCUACAGUACUCUGAUGUACUUUUACGUACUCUAAUGUACUUUACAGUUCUAUACAGUAGUAGUAGCUUCCUCUGCUGUGCUCUGUAGUACUUUACUGUACUUUAUUGUACUUGUAGUCCAGUGCAGAAAUACAGAUUCAGAUCUUUUCUUGUCUUUCUUUUCAUUUUCAGUCUCUAAUAAAUAGUUAAAUUAUAAAAAUCUCCAAUAGUUUAAUUUUUUUCUCCGUAAACACGCUGUCUUUUUCCACUUUCAGUCAGACUCACAUGGGCUCAGACAACACAAAUGUUCCCUUAAAUUAAUCAUUUGUGCAACUUUUCAGACCUUUUUUGUUCCCUUAAAGUCAAUAUUUGGUGCCUCCACUGAUCGUCUUUGCUCCCUGAGCACCAGAUGGAUUUAUUCCAGUUUGAUUAUAACACUGAAUUGUUUAAAGUGUACUGUAGUGAACUUCCACACGGGGAUCUUUUAGACAUCAAGUCUUCCAGAUUUGUGUCUCUUUCAACAUAACAAAGCCUCCAUAAAGAAACCGUUUCCCAGUUCGGUGCCGAAUAACUUAAACCCAUCCAACCCCUCUGUGAGUCGGACCUGAUCACCAACAUCAGUGCUGGACCUCCUGAUGCUCCCUGGAGCUGGUUCAACAUCUGGAGACUGAAACCAGUUUGUUAAUGAACGUUAUACAGUCACAUAUGGAGGAAGAUCAGCUGUCCACAUACUUCUGGCAUUUACUACACGUUACUUAUGUAAUGUUAACCUUAUAAAAGAUGUAUCAUAUUUUCCAAUUACAUUAAGUGUGUUUAUAUUAGCACAGGUAUCCUGGAUCAGGUUUUUGGAGUUACGUGUUGAGCGUGUAAACAUCCUGGUUUCAGAGACCUGGAUAAGAUCUUCUGAUCUUUGUGGUUCAGAACAGGUUAUCAGAAACCUGCUUACUGUUAAGAUAAAAAUAUCCAUGUUAACAUCAUAUCCAGGAGUUAGCUUGUGAGUUAGCGUUAGUUAGCUAGAUGCUUAUAAGUUAGCUAAAGCUACAUUUCAGGAGCAACACGUCAACUCUGACUUUAUGUGUUUAAUGAUGUUUCGACUGGCAGGAAAUUAUAAUGAUGGGGAAAUAAGAUUUUGAUAUGUUAUAUAUAUUAUUAUAAAUGAUAUUUUAUUAUAACACACACUGUAAGCUGGUUUGGUUGGUGAAGCUUUAAGAUGCUGAUAAACCCGAUGAAGGUCCUAUAGACCGAAAUGUCGUUAAUAUAAUAAAGUAUUUUCUCAGCAGUGAGCGAGACCGUGUGCAGGAAUCUCUGAUGGAGUCUCCAGACGUUCAUUGUCUCGGACUGGUUGGUCAUGUUGUUGUUUUUUCUGAAGUAACUUCCUCCUUCAAAAUAAAACGAUUGGUGAAGAGCGCUUGUUCAGAAAACCAGGUGUUAAUACAUUUCAAUUCUCGAAAUCUCAUUGUCAAUGUCAACAGCAUUCUUCUUUUCUGUCUCAGUCUCGACUAGUCCUGGACCUGGACUUGGAUUUCACAAAGAUGGUCUUACAGCGCUGCCUCUUUGUUCGACUCACCUGUCACACAUUACACAUCACAUUAUUUUCUAUAAAACCAAAUUUAACCCACAAAUUCAGUCACACCAACAAACCCAGUUCUCUGUUGUUAAAGAGCACCAAUUAUUGAUUUAAGGGAACAGAACCAGUCAUUUAAAGGAGCAAACAUUCCCUCCAACACCUCCCAGACUGUUAUUAUUAUUUAUCUCACCCUUUCUGUCACACGUGGAUUCACUCACAGACCCAACAGAACCUCUCAGAUCUGAGCUGAGCGCCUCCGAGCUUCAGGAAACGUCCCGACUCUUCUUUUCUGUUCUUUGUAAGAUGCACUGGAAUGCAUUGCUAUACUCUUGUGUUUGUCUUUUGUACCCUUUAGAUAAACUCUAUUUAAAUUAUCUUUAACUUCUACCCAAUCUGUGAAUUGUAAUAAAGACAGACAUUUAAAUGA